CAACACAAAAUAUAUGUUUUCUAUAUUUUCUGCAGUAAGGAAACUGAUGAUCUUUUAGUUUAUGUUUUGCUUUCUCUGCAACUCUUCCUAUUUUUACACCAGCUUUAGCUCUGAGAUAAGCGUACCACAGAGAGGUUCCAGUCCACUCGCAAACCCCACGGCCUAUCAUAGUCUGAGAGCGGGCGUCUGUGGUUUCCAAUGGCAACCACGAGCCGAGCUCCUGAAAACGACUGCCGCGGAGAACUGACCCGUUCCGAGAAGAGAGAGGAGUCAAAGCGAGGAAAUGCUUCACCGAUAUGCGAAGCUUAUCGCGUGGGAUUUCGCAGGACUUUACUGUAUGAACAGCUGAAGAGAGGAGAGAAGAGAAAGGGACUGACAUCUGAGCAUGACUGCUUUGGUUUGUCCUCGAGUCAAUGUUUCGGAGCUGUGUGCAGAUGGAGACAGGUUCCUUCAAAGUGGAAACACGGGGAAGGCCACGACAGCUGUACAUGUCUGCCUUCAGGACUCAUGCCACCUCUGCUGUAUCCCACAUGAGGAAACUGGAAAGGCCCAGUCUGGUUAAGGUCAUCUCUACUCUAGAAGGCUGGCUGAACGGUCAUGGGGACAAUCAGUCAGCCGAGGGUAUCAAUAAGGGUCUUGCGGCUGUUUUCCUGUCAACGCUGUGCCCCAACAAUUUGUCUGCCACCAUUUUUAAAAUGGAAUCCCUUCCUCCAGAGUGGUGGGCUUGGCUGUGAGGAGAUUUUUGCACGCUGCACAGCUCUGCUCGAAGGCAAACGUAAUCUUCAUCAGGAAGGUUCGACUCAGGUGCUGCUGGAGAUAACGCGAGCGCUGGCCUGCCUCUUUUCACAGCCUCACAGUUUGAAGGGACUACGGCUUUACCUAGCAGCUUAUCGGUAUAACAAAUUAGAAACAGCCUCUCUGGUCCGUAGCAGACAAGCUGCACACCUACCCAAAAUAGUAAAAGCCUUCAAAGAUCAAGUAAUGCCUAUAGGUCCCCUAUGUUGCAUUAGAUAACAAGAGGUCAGCGACCCCAAUGGAGAAGAAUGCAAUAAAUGUAAAGGAUGCUUCUAUAGCGGUUGAGUUUUUAAUGGCCGUUUCCCCUGAUGACAGAGAAAUACAGGAACUUCAAGCAGCAGAUUUGUUCUUGACGGGCAGGUUCGUGGAAAGUGCAGAGAUCUACACUUCUCUUUUACAUCAGAAAUUGUCACCACAGCCUGCAGACGAAUUACCUGAGGGUGGUCCAGAGAGGAAAGCCAGACUCUUAACCUGUCGAGCAGCUGCUUGUCUCUCAGUAGGUGGCAAAACGGCAGAGGAGUGCACAGAUCUGGGAGAGGCGUUUGAGAUCCACCCUGCCACUGCCAGAACCUACUUCAAAAAGCUCUUCACCGAUUACGGGACAGGGAUGGCAGCUCGCAACCAUCUGCGUCAGCAGGCUGAGAGGGGUUUGUCUGGCUUCAGAGAGAGGGUCCUUAUCCGCGCCGACCUAAGAUCUACAGAGGGAGUAGAGCUUCUGGACCCUGUGAUCACUUCCCUACGCACUCUGUGCCAUUUGGAGCCUGAUGGAGGAGGCAGAGAGCUGCGGGUGAGGCUGGCUGACUGUCUGCUCCUCAGAGGGGAGCACAAAGAGGCUCUCUCGAUCUGCAGCCAACUAGCUGCUGCCCAGGGACAACAGAGCUAUCAAAACACAGUCCAAGUUCUUUGUGGAUACGCCCGGCUUCUUUCUGGGGACCACAAGGGGGCCUUAGAAGAUUUUCAAGCUGUGUUAGAGCACAACACGCCGCACCCGUCCAGCUGCGUGCGGGCACUUUGUGGCAGGGGGCUGCUGCGCAUGAUGGCUGGGUCAAAUUACCUCACAGCUCUGGACUACAUGACAGCCAGCAGGCUGCAUCCCCGGGAAACGGCUCUGACAGUCCGCUGCUUGGUGCCGUGGAACUUUAGGGGUCUGCUGUUUACAGUCCUGCUCGAGCAGGGCGGAGUCAUGCUGGAGGGGUGCGUAAAGGACAAGUCCGAGUCCGGUUCAAGUGAAGAUCCACAGCAUCCAAAACAUAAGGGGCAACUUCAGGUGCCAUCAAAGAGAGAAAACCACAGCAGCAGGGAAGAAAAAGAGAACCCUAGACAAGAUCAUGAAUGUAAAUAUAGCAGGUCAAACCUUCUCGUAAAACAGUGUUUUAUAAUCAUGUUUUUAGUGCGAUGUCUUCAUAGUUAUGCUGCAUCAUUGGUUGCCUUGCACUCUAGAACUCCUACUGGUGUCCAUUCUCUGGCCGGGUUGCUCAUGGACCUUCAGCCCCAUGCUGACGGGCCUCACAUCCUCACAGCAGAUGUAUUGUACCAGCUUGGGCGAGUGGAGGAGGCCUACAGGUUACUGCUGUCUGUGGGUUCCCCCAAUCCUCGGGCUCCUCUCCUGGCUCGCCUCGCACUCCUGCAGCUCCACAGGGGCUUUCACUAUGACGCCAAUCAGCUGCUCAAAAAGCUCCUUGCAUGCGGGGAGACCAGCUGCCUGCGCAGCCUGCUGGCUGUGGCACAACCGAAGGACCGAGCGCUGCUGCAGGGACACUGCCACACAGCGGCUAAACGCGUCCUGGACGCCUCGACAGAGGAGAGCUCUGUCAGGGAAGCUGUGGCGUACCUCUCUAUUGCUAUCAUGGCCUCUGGUGGGGAGGCAGAAGAUUCGCUGUUGGAAAGAGCGAGGUGUUACGUGUUACUGGGCCAGAGAAAGACGGCCAUCUUCGACUUCAGUGCCAUUUUGAAGGAGCAUCAGAAACACGUUCCGGCUCUCUGUGGAAGGGGCUUCACGUACCUCAUGCUCAACCAGCAAAAGGAAUGUGUUCACGACAUCCUCACUGCUCUUCAGAUAAAAGCCGACACGGUCGUCAAAGAGAUCCUGUCACUCAAAGACAAAGCCCGGAAGCUGAUCUGUGACUGGCUGCAUCAGUUCUGUCGCACCAGUUUGUCAAACACCGUGAUCACCCAGUCGGUCCCCUGCCACGAUGAGCAGCUGAGGGAGGCUUUCAUAAUUGGUGGCGCUUUGAUGAGGACAGACAGCAGAGACCCCAGAUGGCAUCUUCUCUAUGUGGACACACUUUUAGCCAAAGGUGGGACAGUGAUGUUAAGGCAGCUUCCAGCCACCUCUGCCAGGUUUUUGGCCAAGGAACCGAGGGAUGCAGCAGCCCAGGCCAGGCUGGGAGUGGUGGAGACCUGGCAGCAGAAGGACAGGAGUAGCGCAGCCUACAGGCUCAGCAAAGUCACUGAGAAAGAUUCAUCUACUCUGGACUUCUUGCUGGCUCUGAUCCCAUUUAAUCAGCGAAAAUGCAUGGCACAGCUGACCUGGACGGCGUUAUCCAGAAACACGCCUAGCUGCUCAGACGACCCCAGAAUCUGCGUGGAGGAUCUGUGUCGGCGAGGCCACAGUUUGGUGCUUUGCUCCAGAGAGGGAGCAGCUCUGGAAGACUUCACCCAAGCUUUGGGCCUCCACAGGGAGCAGGCCCUUCAGUGUGUAGAGGCAGGUCUGGGAAGGCAGCGAUUGGCUGAGUGCUUCAUGCGAGCGGCUCUGCAGCAGUACGGGGAGCAGCAGCUCGAUAAGGCCUGGACUCUGAUUGAAGGCGGCCUGGUUGUGGACAGUGAAAACGCAGAGCUACGCAGGCUGAGAGCAAGGGUCAAACGAGAGGUGGCCAGCCCGUGCAAUGUCAACUAGUUCUGAUAGAAAAGAUUCAGGUGGACACAGAAGCCUUUAUGGUAUUUACCUGCUGGAGGAAGGAUAAAACUGAUAAAGCAUCAUCUAAGUCCUUAUAGGACAAGUCAUGGCAAUUCAAAGCACCCUGUGUCUUCCAAGUUCAGCCUAAUUUUAGAAUCAGUGUCUUCAUGACGGAAUAAUGUUUAAUAUGAUGCAAAUGUAUUAUUUUUUAGAUACCAAACAGCACAGUCAGAUAAUGUUGUUAUUGUACAUACAUGUACCAUAGAGCACUAGCAAAGACAUUGUUGUAACAAACAAUAGAUGCUUAUUUUACUGAAGGCAAGACUGCAAACCUGAAUAUUUAUUUCAAACUGUCUUAACACUUAACACAGGAGAUUUAAGAAAGUGCCAAAUGUGCAGGUUUCAUGUUUUUAAAAUGCUGGAGGCGUUUCUUUAAUCAUAUUCACGGCAGAAAACACUCAUUAAAAAGCCAAAAAA